AUGAAGAAGGAAGAGGAAGGGGAAGAAGGAAGAAGAAAGAAAAGUGAAGAAGAGGAAAGAAGAAGAAGGAAGAGGAGGAGGAAGAAGAAGGGGAAGAAGAAGAAGAGGAAGAAGGGGAAGAAGAGGAAUAAGGGGAAGAAGGGGAAGAAGAGGAAGAAGAGGAAGAAGAGGAAGAAGGGGAAGAAGGGGGAGAAGGGGAAGAAGAGGAAGAACGGAAGAAGAGGAAGAAGAGGAAGAAGGGGAAGAAGGAGAAGAAGAGGAAGAAGGGGAAGAACAGGAAGAAGUGGAAGAACAGGAAGAAGAGGAAGAAGGGGAAGAAGAGGAAGAAGGGAAGAAGAGGAAGAAGAGGAAGAAGGGGAAGAAGGAGAAGAAGAGGAAGAAGGGGAAGAACAGGAAGAAGUGGAAGAACAGGAAGAAGAGGAAGAAGGGGAAGAAGGGGAAGAAGAGGAAGAAGGGGAAGAAGGAGAAGAAGAGGAAGAAGGGGAAGAACAGUGCUAA